AUGGGCACGUCUUUUGGAAGCUGCAAGCUGCAGGAUGAGCAAUACCAGUACUACAAGAACUUGGAUGAUGAAAAGAAGUAUUUCUUGGUGCUUAUGUUGGGUGAUUUCCAAGAUGCGAUGAUAAUUCCAGAAGAAGUUGUGCGGCGUUUCAAAGGCGAGAUCCCAGUAGAGAUCAAGCUGGAAACCCGAAAUGGUUACAGUCACACCAUUGUGGUUGCCAAGUACCAAGAAAAGCUUGUCCUUACAGUGGGUUGGCGGCAAUUUGUUGAAAACUAUGAUCUACAAAUGGAUGAUUCCUUAAUAUUCAGAUACAAAGGGAACUCUCAGCUUAGUGUCAUGAUCUUUGAUAAGCUUGGUCGUGAAAAAGCAUUAUCGGUUGUUCCGGCUCCUUUUUUGCCUCAGGUCCAAGACAGGCGCAAUGAGGCACAUGAAAUCAGGUAUUCUCAAAAGAUGGAUGUGCCUCGGGAAAGAAGAAAAAAGCGGACUGAAUAUCACUACGCAAACUUGGAUGAUGAGAAGAAAUAUUUCUUGGUGCUUAUGAUGGAUGAUUUUCAAGAUGAUAUGGUAAAUUCAUAUUCAAAUACAAUCGUCCCAAAAGAAUUUGUUCAGCAUUUCAAGGGCGAAUUCCCAGGAGAGAUGAUACUUGAAACACAAAAUCGUCGCAGUUGCAAAAUUGGAGUUGCCAAGAACAAUGGAAAGCUUGUCUUCACAGUGGGAUGGGGGAAAUUCGUUGAAACCUUUGGUCUAAAGAUGGAUGACACCAUAUUAUUCAGAUACAAUGGGAACUCUCAGUUUAAUGACAUAAUCUUUGAUGAAGAUGGCUGUGAGAAGGCAUCAUCAGUUUUUUUGGAUCCUUCUCCGCCUCCUGUGCAAGAAAGGCACAGAAGUGCUACUGAUACUGUGAAAAGUUCUCAUGUUCAUACUCAGGCAAUUCAAUCAGAGUCAUUUAGCAUAGUGGAAGGGAUGCCGAUGGGGUCACCAUGCUUCAAAAUGGAAAUGGACAAGUCAUGUCAAGACAACAACACCGUGAUAAGUAUUUCCUCCUGCGAGUCAUCAGGUCUCAGAGAAUCUUCCUCUGAAGAAGAAUAUGUAGUACAUAAAGUGCCUCGUUCCGAUUAUGUCAGGAAGAGGAAGGCCGGGCAGUUGAAGUAUGCCAAUGGAGUGACCACACUAUCUUCAUUUAAGCAGGGGCAGUUGAAGGACCAUUACAUUACCGCCCACAAGACCAAACUAACUUCAACUCAGAAGGAAGUGGUGAAGCAGAAGGUCCAAUCCAUAUACACAGAGAUCCCCAUCUUUGUUGCUGUGAUGCGCAAGUACAAUGUUGUUGUAGAAUUCUUGCUGACUUUCCCCAGAUACUAUGCUAAGAAAUAUCUUGGAGAGGAGCCACACAUGUAUCUUCAGCGGAUGGGCCGGAAGUGGGAUGUGUGGUUUAGUGAAAACAAUGACUGUAAAAAUCUCAGGAGGGGAUGGAGACAGUUUGUAGAAGACCACAAGCUGAAGAUUGGUGAUAUCUGCCUCUUUAAACUGUUGAGCAUUCAGAGUAGAACCAUGGAGGUCUACAUCAUCCGUGCAAACGAUGCCAAUUAUCGGGCAGGUCUCCAGAAUGAUAGUGACCAGGAAGCGGCUUUCCAGGGAGGGGCUCCUGCUCAUCAUGCGCAUGGAGUUAAAACUGAAGCUAUGGAAGAAGAUGUUGUUGCCCUUGAUGGUGCCUGA